ACGACACGACAAAAAGCAAAUCAGAUAGAUAACAUCAAACGAUAACACAAAACCGUUGAAAACACAAGAGCUUCUUCACUCCCAGUCACGGAGCUUUUUUAAACGGCCAUCAUCAAAUGGCCUCUCUUACACUCGGCGGCUUCAGCAUGACUGUCCGUACAAGACCAAUCACAAGAACCAAUCACAAACCCUGCAGAAUCUCCUGCGUUCAAUGGGACCCAGAGGGGCUAUAUGGACCACCACAAACAGGCCAUUUGGCUCGACGGGAGAUCAAUAGAAGGCUCGAGAAAGACGCAGAGUUUCGCGAGGCACUUGAGCAGCAAGCCCGUGAAGAAAAACAGCGUCGCCACUCUCUUCGCCAAUCUAGGGUGAUACCGGACACUCCAGAAAAGCUGAUAGAGUACUUUCUUGAUACUGAAGCUCAGGAGAUUGAGUUUGAGAUUGCUAGACUGAGGCCAAGAUUGAACGAGGAAUUUUUCUCGCAGCUACAAUUUGAACUGGGGCAGCUUCGUUUUGCUGUUUCAAAAACUGAGGAGAUGGAAGACAGAUUGAUUGAGUUGGAAGCACUACAGAAAGCUCUGAAGGAAGGAACAGAAGCCUACGAUAAAAUGCAAGGUGAACUUGUAAAAGCAAAGAAAAGCCUGACAAAAAUAUUGACAUCAAAGGAUGCAAAAGCCACUUUGCUGGAAAUGGUUGAGCAGAAUGAACUUAACAGAUCAUUGUUAACGCUUCUUGAUGAAAACAUAGCAAGCGCGAACCAAGGUAAACAGAAAGAAGCAGCAGCUUUCAUGGAAAAGCUGCGUGCAGCCGUUCUCAAGUACAUGACGGUUUAGCACGGAGGUGAUGAAUAAUGGUACCUUUCAACUAUGAUGUAUUUUUUAUAAUGAAUUUGGCUUGAAAAUGUAUUUGGCUUAUGAGUAUUAGCGAGACCAAUCUUGUAUUUAAAUGAAAGCAUUUGAUUGAAUGUAUAAAGUUAUGCUUCGAUUAAAACUUUUUACAUAAAUUGACUUGUAGUUCCU